GAUGAUAAACGGAUACCUGUGGAUAUGGUCUGUAAACCUGUCGCGAUUAAAUUGACAACAAAAAUAAUUUACAACAAUUAUGAAGCAGACGAAUAAACACCGAUCGGCUUAACUCGGUAUAAAACAACGACGAUAACUGAUGAGUUUAAUUGAGGAAUCAGUCACUGACGAGUCGUAUCUUCGCUAGAUUGCUCGAAGCACGCUGUCGAUGAGGCGAGCGUCGAUCGCUGCCUCCAACGAUUCCUAGCAACAUGGACAAGCGUGGAAACGACAAAAAUGCCGAGAGAUCUAACGUGAUUCACUAUGUCGCGAAGAAGAACACGUUGCUAAAUCGUAUAUCCGGCAGCUGCGACGUUAACAUCAGCAAGCUCCGGGCUGGAAUGCUCGUCGAAGCUGUUGAGGUACUGAGAGACGGUGGAUUACGGAUACGUGUCACGGAUCCUGCUGGUGCCGAUGUUUGGAAGAACACGGAAUGGCUCUGUCAUCGUUACGACCUUGUCCCCGUUUCGUCGAUCAUGUGGCAGUACUUAGCCGCAGUUUCUUCGCCUCAGGAACGGGUCAAACUUGCUACAGACAAACAGUUGUGCAAGGAGUUAAACGAUAUUAAAUUAAAGAGCAAAGUCCUGCUGCAAAAUGAUCCAGCACCCACUUCCGGGGAACAGAUUUCUGCUGUGAUUCAAUACAUUGGACCUGUUCCCGAGCUUGGCUAUGGACUUUACUUUGGUCUUGAGAUUUUGGGGAAUCGACAAUCCUUUCAGCAUGUUGAACUAACUCAGAAAUAUUUUACGACAUCGGCGCAGGGAAUUGGGAUAUUUGUAGACCUGAGUAACAUUAGACCAUGUAAAACUGAUUUAUUGGAUUUUGGAGAGCCUGAGAGAAGAAAUAUCGAUAUCGUUGACAAUGUGACCAGUGUUUGUAACGUUCCAGUGAACAACGAAAGUCAAAAUGUUGGUCAUACAGAUAAAUUGGGAGAACUGCACAUCGGAUCGCAUGUGGAAAUACAAUUGGGAUCGUCCAGAAAUUAUGGUUUCAUUCGCUGGAUCGGCGCUCUCCCUGGUAUUCCGCCUGAGAAACUUAUAGCUGGUGUUGAAUUGGAGGACGAGCAUCCGCAGGGAACCGACGGCAUAUGUAACAACGUAAGAUACUUCCACUGUAAACCACACAGAGCUUUGUUUGUGGAUAUAAAUCAGUGUCAGUCGCACAAUAGAAUAGACGAUGGUGAGCCCAAAAAAAUGGAAUUUGACAAAUUUGGCAAUACCGGGAAUUCCGUUGUGGCGGGAAUGGUUCGUCCGAUAUCUGUGAAAGGUGAUCUUGAAACUAUUUGUGGAAAGUACCGUGGUAUUCAAGGACAUCACAACUCUUGUUACCUGGACGCAACUCUCUUCAGCAUGUUUACGUUCACCAAUGUCUUCGACAGUCUUUUGUUCAGGCCUCCAAAUGAAAAGGACUGUGCUCAGUACGAGGAAGUGCAGCGAGUUCUUCGCGAAGAGAUUGUAAACCCUUUGCGAAAGAAUCUAUUUGUCAGAGCAGAUCGUGUCAUGAAGCUUAGAACUUUGCUUGAGAAGUUAUCGUCGAUAUCGGGACUUACUAGCGAAGAAAAAGACCCUGAAGAAUUUCUCACUUCUCUGGUAGCUCAAAUAUUGAACGCCGAGCCCUUUCUGAAGCUAAGUUCUGGGCAGGAUGCAUAUCACUAUCAACUGUUUGUUGAGAAGGAUGAUCACCUAAAUUUACCCACCGUUCAGCAACUUCUCGAACAAAGUUUCCUCACUAGCGAUAUAAGAUUGAAAGAAGUUCCUUCUUGCCUGAUAAUCCAAAUGCCGCGGUUUGGAAAGUCCUUUAAAAUGUAUCAGAAAAUACAGCCCUCGCAGCUCCUCGAUGUAACAGACAUCAUCGAAGAUUCUCCCAGGCAAUGUACCGUAUGUGGAAAGUUAGCGGAGUUUGAAUGCAAGGAGUGUUACGGACAAUGUGGAGUUGGCCUGGAGAGUAUAGCGUUUUGUGUCAAGUGUUUAGAAAAGGUACAUAGUCACGAGAAACGGAAAAGCCACAAAGCCAAGAAGCUAACGGUUCCUAUCGAGUUUGCAAUACUGCAGGAGCACUGCCCCGUUCCACGACUCUACAUGGAACUCUCCGCUGUCGUAUGUAUCGAGACAUCGCAUUACGUCUCAUUUGUCAAAUGUGGAUCCGGUUCGGAUGCGCCCUGGUGCUUCUUCGAUUCGAUGGCAGACCGCAAGGGAGAACAAAAUGGUUAUAACAUACCAGAGAUGGUUCCAUGCCCCGAUUUUCCGUACUGGUUAAGUGAAGACGGGGCACACUACUUGGCGGAAUUGACUGAUGAUCGGCAGCUGCCUGAACACGCAAAGCGAUUGCUGUGCGACGCUUACAUGUGCAUGUAUCAGUCGCCAGAUGUGAUGAUGUACCGAUAAUCAAUCAGUGAAGAAAUCGGUCUCAAUGAUAAAACGAAUGACAAGUAUUAUGAUUUAG